CGCCCACUGCAGCUCUUCUUCAAUCCCCAACACUUUCUUUCUCUCUUCAAUUCUCCUGAAUACUAACCCCGGAAUUGGCACACAAGCCCGAUGUUGUCAUGAUGAUAUUGCCUCAGGGAUCGCUUUUCUUCGCGAGCCUAGUCGCGUGCUCGACGCUGGUGGAGGGUGCCAGUGAUGGUUCGGCGCGGCCACGGGGAGUUGGUCCAGAAUUUGCCAAGUUCUACAAAGACCUCACCACCUUCAGCUGCAUCUCCCAUCCGGCGGUCGAGAUUCCCUUCUCGGCGGUAAACGAUGACUACUGUGACUGUCCCGACGGCAGCGACGAGCCCGGGACGUCAGCCUGUUCCCACCUGUCCCGGCACUCCGCUCUGACGCCUGCGGAUCGCCCGGGCUAUAGCGACAUGGAGCUGGCCCCCGCUCUGCCGGGAUUCUACUGCAAGAACAAGGGUCAUCGGCCGGCUUAUGUUCCCUUCCAGCGGGUCAACGAUGGGAUCUGUGACUACGAGCUAUGCUGCGACGGGAGUGACGAGUGGGCGCGGGUCGGAGGAACGAAAUGCGAAGACCGGUGCAAGGAGAUUGGCAAGGCGUGGCGCAAGAAGGAAGAAAAGACGCAGAAGUCCAUGACGGCGGCGUUGAAGAAGAAGAAGGCGCUGCUUGUGGAAGCGGCGCGGAAAGAGACGGAGAUCAGUGAUGCGAUCAGGGCCCUCGAGGCGGAGAUCCAGGGCCAGGAGAUCAAGGUCAAGGAUAUGGAGGCCGAUCUAGUGGAUAUUGAGAAGCAGGAGGCGAGCAAGGUCGUGAAAGGCAAAAAGGGGGGCAAGGUCAAUGUCUUGGCUGGGUUGGCCAAGACCCGGGUUGAGGAACUGCGGGACGCUCUCACGGAGACUCGCAAGGAGCGCGAUGAGGCCCGGUCUCGUGUCAAGGAGCUGGAGGAGAUCUUGUCCAAGUUCAAGGUCGAGUACAACCCCAACUUCAACGACGAGGGGGUCAAGCGUGCGGUGCGUAGCUGGGAGGAUUAUGCGGCUCGGGGAACAUCCGAGGAUCUCGAAAACAGUGCCCGAGAUCGCGACCUGGACGAGAUCAGCAAGCCGGAUGAUGACCAGUCCGGCAUUAACUGGGAGCACUGGGAGAACGAGGGUGAAGAUGGAUGCGAAGUGGACACUGUCUACAAGCUGGCGGCCUACCUCCCGCCCUCCCUUGUGCGCUUCAUCGAAGACAAGGCGCUUCGGCUGAGGGGCUUCCUUGAAAACAACGACAUCCUGCCCAAGACCGACCGCAGCCCGGAUUCCGAGUCCAAGGUCGUGACCGAAGCCCGCGACGCCGUCAAGGCGGAAGAGAAACGGCUCGGGGAGCUAAAGACACAGUUGAAGGACCACCAGUCAGAUUUAGAAACCGACUACGGACCUGGCUCUGUUCUGCGGCCGCUGAAGGGCGUGUGCACCACAAGAGACUCGGGCGAGUACUCGUACGAGCACUGUUUCCUGGACCAGACCAAGCAGAACUCCAAGAAGGGCGGCUCCUCCGUUCGGAUGGGCAAGUUUGUGCGCAUCGGGUCCGUGACCAAGGAUGAGCUCAACAACGCGGGCGAGAUCGUCCCGGUGGAGAAGAUGACCCUGGAGUAUGCCAACGGGCAGGCCUGUUGGCAGGGCCCCAGCCGAUCCACGACCGUGGUGUUGGAGUGUGGCGAGGAGAACGAGAUCCUGAAGAUCAACGAGGAUGAGAAGUGUGUGUACUCUAUGAAGGUGACGACGCCGGCUGUAUGCACGGACGGGCAAGAAGGGACAGCGCCGCCGCGGAACAAGGACGAAUUGUAAGAUGUUUAGGAAAGCUUUAGUGUGUCACUAUCUACAUAUAGG